UCUCGACUCCGCCUCUUCGCAAAAAAAAAAAAAAACGGGAGCGCUCGCCAAGGCCGCCCCCGGGUCACGUGACAAGGGGAGCGCGAGGGCGUAUGGGAAAUGCUGCACCGCCCUUAGCAACGGCCUUGGUUUGCCUAGCAACGGGGCCUAGUUGAGGUUUUUAAAGCCAGAGAGGCGGCCAAGGGACUUUGGGGAACACAUUUCCUUUUCAAGAUGACGAGUCGGUUGUACGACAGCAUCGAACCCAAUGUCAUCGACGAAGAGAUGCUGCAGAAAGCGGUGGAGGAGCAAGGGCCUCAGGAGGAAGCUGGUCAGCUGGCCAAAAGGGAAGGGAUCAAUUUCAAAGAGGUCAAAGAGCUGCAGCUUGAUUUUAGAAAUAUCUUGAAAAUUGACAACCUCUCUCAGUUCGCAAACCUGACAAAACUGCAGCUGGACAACAAUAUCAUUGAGAAGAUAGAGGCAUUGGAUAGCCUGGUUCAUCUGGUCUGGCUAGAUCUGUCCUUUAACAACAUCGAAGUCAUCGAAGGCUUAAACGCUCUGGUUAAACUGCAGGACCUUAGUUUGUACAACAACAGGAUUUCCAAGAUCGAGAACCUGGACACGCUCCAAGAACUUCAGGUCUUCUCCAUAGGAAACAAUAAUAUAAACACGCUGGAAAAUAUGAUUUAUCUCCGCAAGUUCAAAAACCUGCGCACACUGAACCUCUCUGGGAAUCCAGUAUGUGACAAUGAACUGUAUGCCACGUUUAUCGCUGCAUACCUCCCAGAUCUUGUCUACCUGGAUUUUAGGCUGGUGGAUGACAACAUGCGCGAGAUGGCCCUGAUUAAAUACCAGUAUGCCAUUGAGGAGAUGAAGGCAGGGGAGUAUGUGGCCUUUGCCAAGCAGCAGGUACAGGAGGCUGCCGAGAAAGAGGUGGCGUACCACAAGUCUGCUUACGUGGAGUAUCUGAAUGGACCUUUCCUGUUCGACAGCAUGUAUGCGGACGAUCCUGAAGCAGAAAAGUUGAUAUACCUCCCUGGAGUGGCAGACCUCUUGGAGAUCUACAAGACUAAGUUUGUGGCCAUCUGCGAGGCUCUCUUUGAAUACGGUCUGAGGGAGCAUGAGAGGCGAGAAGCCGAAGUUACUCUCUUCUAUGAGUGCCUCAACGAAGCCCUGGCAGACAAUGAGGCGCAGGGAACCAAAAUCAUUCAGGACUUUGAAACGAGGAAUCAUCGGGCACUAGAUGUAAUUCAAAACCUCAGCGACUCCCAGAUUACAGAGUCUAAACUCGCAGAGUACCGUGAUGACCUUUCCAAGCUCUCAGAGACAUUGAUGAACCUGGAGAUGCAGCUGGUUGACCAGUUAGAGGAAGUCAUAAAAGAUUUUGAAAGAAGCAUCUUGGACCUGGUGGCAAUCUUUAUCGAAAACGAACAAGGGCUGAUGGCUCAGUGCCGAGAUCUGGAGAAUCACCACCACGAGAAGCUUCUGGAAAUAGCCAUCAACACGCUGGAGAAAGUAGUGAAGAGCGAGUUCGAUGAGGAGUUGCCUGAUGAUGUUCGGAUGCUGUUUGUGGACAAAGACACCAUUGUUAACGCUGUCAACGCCUCCCAUGACAUCCACCUCCUUAAGAUUGACAACCGGGAAGAUGAUAUCAUCACCAAAGCCAACGGCUGGGCGUCCGUGAUAAUAGAAAAGGUUCACAAUGAUGAACUCAACAGGAACCGAAGCCGUGUGUUGGAAAUCAACCAAUAUGUCGACCAUCUUCGUAGCGAGCUGGAAAGCUGGGACAUAAUGGAAUAGUAGUUGGCUUUUGAGUACAGAACCACAACAUCUCGACAUCCAGAUCCUGACCUCACUACCUGGAAAGUGAAUCUGCUUGGAUGUCUCCUUCCCAUGGAAACCCACCCUUGUAAAUAACUCCUAGAAGGAGAAUAUUCCCUACCUGGCAAGGAUCCUCCAGCCCUGAAAAGUCCAGUGUUCCAGAUGAGUAGAACAAAUUGGCAGUACAGACAUUUUUUGUAAAAAGGAGAUUUAUGUAAGUUUAAAUUAAUGCUAUGUGGUUAUUAACCAGUGGACUUUCAGGAUUCUGGUCCUCUCUUGCUCCAAGUUUUAUCCUGUACAGUGACAACGCCAAUAAGCAUUUUUGAAGAAAGAAAGCUGUUUGUUCAGGCUGAGUCUCAAGAGAAACUAAACUCAGGCUGAGAGAGACAAGUUCUCUAGCAUUUGAAUACUCCUUUCUGAAGGGACACCUACAUUUGCAGAUGUCCUAUUAGUCAUUCUCUGCAAAUAAAAUCCAUGUUCUAAAUCUUGAAA